GACGCCGCUGCUCCCUCUUCGACGUCUCCCACAUGCCGCAGACCCGGGUGUAUGGCCGAGACCGUGUCAGGUUUGUGGAGAGCCUGGUGGUGGGUGACAUCGCCGAGCUGAAGCCGGGACAGGGCACCCUGACACUGCUCACCAACGAGAGGGGUGGCAUCGUGGAUGACCUCAUUGUCACCAACACGUUGGAAGAUCACCUCUACGUGGUGUCCAAUGCUGGCUGCGCCGACAAGGACUUGGCCAUCAUGAGGGGCAGAGCGGCGGAGCUCCAGGCCACCGGCAGUGAUGUCCACCUGGAGGUGCUGGACAACGCGCUGCUGGCUCUGCAAGAGCCACCUGCCUCCCCAGGCCCCUCCAUGGCACGGGUGCUGCAGGCGGGGCUGCCGGAUGACCUGGCCAAGCUCUCCUUCAUGAACAGCAUCACCACGACGGUCUUUGGUGUGCCAGGCUGCCGGGUCACACGCUGCGAUCUCUGUGCCCGCAGGGUGGGCAGUGGAGCUGGCUGA